AUGUGGCCUCUCCUUCUGUCCUCUCACCUGCUCGUCACCGUUUCUUCUUCCCGCCUCUCCCCGCACUGCUGCUGCAUGCUGCGCUUCUCUCCUCCCUCCUCCCCAUUUCCUCCUCCCUGGCGUGGGCAGAUGCGGGAGCAGCUGGUGGCUGAGAAUCGCCACAAGUUCGAGCAGGCUGCCAAGGCGCCAGCGGCGUUCUCAUCGCUGCAGGUGGGCGCCUAUCUGCGCACCGCUGCCAUGCGCCGCCAAAUCGACUCCGUUCGCUCUGCUGCCGCCUCUGCCUUCGCUGCCUCUGCCCCCGCUGCUGUUGCUGCCGCCACCCGUCCCACUUCCACCCCUGGUUCGUCCUCUGCUGCUGCUGCCGUGGUAGCGGUGGGGGCAUUAGGAAGGGAAGUGACUGGCGUGGGCGUGGCCGGGCGAGCAGGAGGAGCAGCAGAGGCGGAGGAAGGAGUGGGGGUGGGCAGGGGGGGUGGAGGGGGCGUGGGCGGGGGGCGGAUAGCAUCGGAGGCGGGCAGAGAGUUCGUGUUUACCUCCUCUGUGGGGCAGGGUGCGGGUGACGCUCUCCUGGGACGGCGCCUGCCCCCACUGUCAGCAGCGCCCGCACAGGGCAGGGGGGGAAAGGGGCUGCGCGGGAGGGGCAGGGGAAAGGGCGCCUGGGGGCAUCGGUGGACGGGGGAACAAGCUUGGGGGGAGAGGAGGGGGGAAGGGGGAAGUGGCAAGGCGAAGCAAGUGGACGGGGAUAAGGACAAGGAGGGGGCGGAGGACAAGUGUGAGAGGGACGGUUUGCGGGAUUUCUCAUGGGGGGGAGGGAGGGGGCAGGGGGGCACGGAGGGGCUGCUGCAGCUGCCUGGCAUUCUGCAGCAGGCGGUGAGCUGGGGGAGGGGGAGGCGGAGGGGGGAGCCGGGGGGACAGUCGGGGGAGGGCGCUAGAGAGGCAAAGGGCGGUGGGACUGGCGGGGCCGGGGAUGGGGCGUGUGGAGUGAGUGGAGGCGUUGAGACGCGGGUGGAGGGGGCGGAAGAAGAGGGGGAGGCAGAGAAGGAGGCGUAUUUGGCGCUGGUGGCAGAGGAAGGCACGGCGCAGCCGACACAGACAAGUGGCAGUGCUGCCAGCAAAGACGCUGCUCCUGGUUCUGCUGCUCGUGAUGCCCCUUCUCUUGGCGGCAGUGGCUUCGAUGCUGCUGCUGGCAGCCCUGCAGCAGACAAUGCUGCUGAUGGCGAUGAUACAGGGGCAGCAGAUGCAGCAGAGAAGGAGGCAGGAGGUGGGGCAACGGAGGGUGGGAGUGUGCCGACGUACCGGGACGAGCAGGGCAGGGUGCGGGUGAGUCGUGUGCGAGGCAUGGGCGUGCGCAUGACCCGCGACCUGCAGUGGAACCUGGUGCUCAUGCGCGAGCGGGAGAAGGAGAGGGCGACGGGCACGGGGAAUGGGGGCGAGGAGGAGAAGGGAAGGGAUAUAGAUGGUGGGUACGAGAAGGAGAAGGGAAGGGGUUUGGAGGAAGGUGAGGGAGAGGAAGGGGAAGAGCAGGAGGAGGGAGAAGGAGGUGAGUUCGAGGAUGAGUUGUUUGCCAUGCUCGUGGCUCCGGGGAAGGUCAGAGAAGCAGCACCAACGCAGAAGCACAGACCAAGCACCACCACACCAAGCACGGCCGGUGGGGUCGCUGCUCCUUCCACUGCACUUGCCCCGACCCCGCCACCUGCUGCCACCUCGGCACCUGCGCGUGUCACGGGGACGGAUGCAGAAGAUUGGCGGAAGGAGGAGGAAGAGGAAGAGGAGGAGGAGGAUGUGGAGUGGGAGGACGGAGGAGGGGAAGAGGAGGAGGCACAGUCAGAUCAAGGAAAUGUGGAGGGAGGAGAGGCAAGGGUUGCUGCAGAGAAGAAUGUGCAGGGAAAGGGUUCUCCAGGUGAUGCUGACGUGGACAUGGAGGCUGACGUGGAGUGGGAGGAAGCACCAGUCGCAGUGCAGCACAUGAAGCCAAGCAAGGCGUCCCCAUCCCCCCAACCUGGCCCGCACUCUCCCCCUGCCCCCACCCCUGUCCCCACCCCUGCAACCACCCCUGCCCAUACCCCUGCCUCCGCCAUUGCAUCUGCAGUGCUAUCUGCCCGUAUACAUGCGGACGAGAAAGUCACAGGGUCUCUUGCUGGCGAGCAGAGGCGUGGGAGGGCAUGGGAGGAGGAGCAGGUGGCAGAGGCCGUGAGGAGGAGCCUGCAGGAUAUGGGGGGGAGGAAGCAAGAGACGCAGCAGAGUGGGGGUGCAGUGGAUUCUGAGAAGGAUAUGGGGGGGAGUGGAGGGGAGCGAGAAGCGGAGGGAGCGGGGGCAGUGGAGGGAGAGGAGGGGGGAGUGGAAGAGGUGGAGGAGGAGAGAGCAGCAUUGGAGGAGGAAGCGAGGAGGCUGCGAGAGGAGAUGGAGGAGGGCCAGCGACGAGUGCAGGAGCUGCUGCAGAAGUGCGGGGUGCCAUACGUGGUAGCACCUCAGGAGGCGGAGGUGCAGUGUGCAUGGCUGGCGCAGCACGGCGUGGUGGACGCGGUCGAGCUGCUGCAGCAGUGUGGGGUGCCGUACAUAAUAGCACCAACAGAGGCGGAGGCGCAGUGUGCAUGGCUGGCGCAGCACGGCGUGGUGGACGCGGUGGUCUCAGACGACUGUGAUGCGCUGCUCUUCGGCGCGCCCACUCUCUGGCGCCACCUCUUCUCCGAUCGGCACUAUGUGGAGGUGUAUCGCGCUGAGGACGUGCAGCGAGAGCUGGGGCUCAGCAGGAGGCACCUCGUGCGCAUGGCCAUGCUAUUGGGCUGUGACUACACGCCCGGGAUCAGUGGCAUCGGAGUGGUGAAUGCCAUCGAGGUGAUCCACGCCUUUCCUGGAGCACGCGGGCUGCAGCGCUUUCGUCAAUGGCUUGACUCCCCCCAUGCUGCCGCCCUCGCCCACCUGCUGCCCGGGGGGGCACAGGGCGGUGCACAGGGCGGUGCUGUGGGCGCGGCAGAUGGGUGGGAGGAGGAGGAUGAUGGGUGGUGGGAAGAUGAGGAGUCGGAUGAGGAGGAGGAGGGGGAGGAGGGUGGGGAAGGUAGGGGGAAAGGUAAUGGGAGGAAGGGCGAGGGGGCGGGGGUGCGGAGGCAGUGGGUGGUACCGGGCAACUUCCCCAGUCCAGCGGUGGCAGCGGCGUUCAACCGCCCCCAUGUUGACCGCAGCACCGCCCCGCCCUCCUGGCACCCGCCCGACCUCCCUCCUCUGCGCCACUUGUGCGCUCCCGCAUCCUCCCUCCCUAUCUUGCUCCCGCUGCCAACCCUUUUUCCCUGCUCCCCCGUCCGCCUGUCCCUGCAUGCCACGUGGCAGGUUGUGUGUGGCGAAGCUGGGCAUGGCGCCAGAGAAGGCGGAUGCACUGCUGCUGCCAGUCGUCAAGGCCGCCUCCUCCGCCAGACCCAGCAGCGGCUGGAGGCGUUCUAUUCGUUCAAGCAGCGCUUUGCCAAGAUCCGAUCGCGCCGCGUGCAGCGGGCCGUCACCGGCAUCGCUGGCAGCGCUGCACGGCACCUCAUGCUGCCGGCCUCGGGGGUCACUGCUCCUGAGGAGGACGACGCAGACGAGAGCGAGUCAGGGGAAGAGAAGAGGCAUGGCAGGGGCAUGGAGGGGGGGGCAGCAGAACAGAGCACAGGUGAUGGCAGCACGCGAGGGGCUGAGGGUGGUAUGGAGGGGGGUGCGGCUGAGCGUGGGGGAACGGGCGUGGCGGUGAGGGUGCAGCCAAGACGUGAGGCCAAGCGGCCGCGCCUGCAGCUUGGAAACUCCGAUGCUGCGCUGGGUGGUGAUGGGGUUGCCUUGAGUGACUCGCAUGAAUGCAGCAGUGGGAGCCGUGCUAGUGGUGGUGGCGAUAGCGAUGGUGAUGACGCCAUGUUUGAUCCCAGGGAGCACCUGCCCUCACCUCUCACUGCACGCCCUGCACGCCCAGAGCACACUUCUCCCACAGGCACAGGUGCAGCCACUGCCACGCUCACUGGCGUGCUCACAGGCACAGGGAAGUGUGCGGCAGCAGGGCAGGCAGGUGGGCGAGGUGAGAGUGAGGGGAGCACGUGGGUGGUGCAGCAACACUCCCAUGGGGCAGAGCAGCAACAGGUCGUCGCACAGCAACAGCAAGGCCUCCUGCAUGCCUGCCGUGCCUCCCAUUCCUCCCCUCGUCAUGCCUCUGGUGAAGCCCAUACGGGUGCAGCAAGUGCAGGGCAGGGGGGUGCAGAGUGUGACUCCAUGCACGCGCUUCUGCAUGGAGGGGGGUUCUGUGUGGGGGAGGAGCAGCACGGGGAGGGGCAGGUGGCGGAGGCAGGGGGCCAGGAAAGGGGAGAGGAAGAGCAACAGCUGUGGAUGGAGCAGACAGGAGGAGCGGAAAGGGAGGAGAUAAGGGGCGUUGUGGCAAGUAAUGAGGUCUCUGGUGCUUGGGGUGGGUGUAGAGAGAUGGGGGAGGAGGUGGUGGGAGGGAGGGAAGGGGUGGAUGCGGAGAAAGAGAGCGAGGAGGGUGGUGGUGGGAUGGUGGUUGUACCCACAGUACAGAGUGACCAGUCUCUCACCCUUGCCUCAUUGGAGCCAGCUUCUUCUACUCCUGCUGCACCUCCUGCACGGGACCCCCCCCACAGUGCCGCCAUGGGCCCUCUGCUGCCCGCCCCCUUGCGCCGCAAGAAGCCCCGGCAAUCCAGCGACCACCAGCCACGUGUCGUCUCGCCACCGCGCCACCUCUCCAUGUCGAACGCCAUGGCCCAACCGCUCUCUCUUUGCCGCCCGUCCCCUUUUUUAGGGGCGCCCGCGUCGCAAUCUCCGUCAUUGUCGGCGCGCUGUGUGCGCGUGCCACGCGGUGCGGGCGUGAGCCGACUUUCCGCCGUGAGGGCGCCUUCAGCGGUGGCCGCGCGGCGGCGCGUAGUCGUCACUGCUUCCGCGAGUGCGCGCGCGGAAGACGCGGGCGCGGAGGCGGCGGAGAUAGAGGCGGCGGUGGCGGUGCUGGCGGAGGCGGCGCGCAGCAAGCAGGUGAAGGGCGAGGCAGUGUUUGCGGCGCUGCGGCGGCUGGAGACGCGGAAGGUGGGCGCGGAGGAGAGCAAGGCGUGGCUGGCGGCGCUGGGAGGGGUGGCAUCGCCUGGACACAUGUGGCAGCUGGUGUUCACUGCUGGUAGCGGCGAGGUGCGCAAGGCGGCGAAGGGCGGGGAGGGCACGGGGUCGUACUUCCCCAUCGCCGCCAUCCAACGCUUCGAUGCCACCGCGAUGGAGAUAGAGAACGGGGUGUUCCUGGGUCCGGUGGGCUACCUCACCUUUCAGGGCCCCAUGGGCUUCACUGCUCGCCGCCUCGCCUUCACCUUCCACACACUCACCCUCAAGCUCGGCCCGCUGCCGCCCUUCCAGGUCAGCUGCCGCCCUUCCAGAUCAGCUGCCGCUCUUCCAGGUAAAUUUGCCGUCCUACCAGGUCAGCCUGGCAACCUUGCCGCUGCCUCCUGCACAUCUCCCUCUCUCUCUGCUGCCCCCACUUUCUGCUUCCUGCACUCCCUCGUCACUCGCUUGCUUGCUACCCGUGCUUUCGACUCAACUCAAAAGUCAUCCCUUGCAUGUUCCGAACCCUCCCCUUCCCCCGCCACACACUUCACCUCCUCUGCCACAUGGCAGUGGGGGAUAGGAAAGGAGGAGGACAAGGGGAGGGUGCCAGGGGAGGGCAAGGCGGGCAGCAAGGAUCCGUUCUUCACCUGGUUCUAUGUCGAUGACCGCAUUGCUGCUGCACGAGGUAGGGGCGGUGGUGCUGCCUUCUGGGUGGAGGGGCGCGUGGUGGCGGAGAUCGGCGCGGGGCUGUGCGUGCUGGUGGGGGUGAUGGCGGGGGACGGCGAGCAGGACUGCGACUACAUUGGUGAACAUGACUGGCUGCUCUCCGCCCGUUCCGCCUCCCUCACCUGUCUGCGCCACGUCUCUCCGCACCCCUCCUCGUGCCCUCCCGCCCGCUCCCCUCGCUCCCCCAUCACCCUCGCCCUUCACAUCGCUAUCCUCUUCUCACUUCCUCUACUGCACGCCUUGCCCGGUGGGGGCGCAGCAUUCAGUCGGUUCACAGAGUACAGGCACCCCAAGUAUCUCCUCUCGCUCCCCCCACUGCCCCUCACCCCAAUCGCCCAUGCCCCCGUGCGCCCAUGCCCUCCCCCCAUCGGGUGCGCCAUGAGUCAGUUCACGCUGUACGGGCAGCCCAAGGGCAACAAGCUCGACUUCCACGUCGCCAUGACGCCCCCCCAGGCCAGCACCAUGGCACACAUGGCACGUUAG